AUGGAGGCAGUUAUUUCUGAUUUUCGCGACCUACUUCAAGUCAAUCAGAAAGAAAGGGUGGAAGAUGUUUUGAACUGUGAUGAGCGUUCGUCAGUGGACGGUAUCGAAAGUGAAAUAAAUUUUCGAGCUUUUAUGUGUCCUACAGCGGAUCCUUUCAGGAAAUCGAACUCUUCGUCUUCUUCCUAUGGCAUUCUAAUGGAACUCUUGGAACAGGGUAACCUGAUAAAAGAGGCCGUCAGAAGGUUGAAAACGUCACCUGGCCGAAACAAGCAGUUGAAACGGCUAGAUCGAUGCAGGUGAAAAUGCUCUCAAGUCCUUUGGAUUGUUGUAGAGUUGAUAUAUUGCGAAACAUGUGAUUACUGGGAACGUUUUAACAAGAAUAAACCACAUAGGGAACUCGUUGAAUUUCUCGGAAAACCACUGCUUUGCGGUUGCAGAGAGUCUUUGUUUACACUUCGUUGUGAUGUUAGACGAACGAUUUUACGAUGAUAGACUUUGA